AUGAGUUAUAAUAAAGAUAAAAAGACAUUUAACGAUGUUGAGCUUCCAACUAAUCCAAAUUUACCAAGUUGGAUAAUAACUCCAAAAGAAGAAAAAGCAGUAUUUGAAAGAUGGAGAAAGAAAGCAUUUGCCAAAUGUGAUGAUUUAAUUAGAAAAUAUAUUGAAUGUUCAAAUAGUUAUUCAAAUCCUAUAGAAGCCAUGAAAAUGUGUAAAGAAGCUAAUGAAAAAAGUAUUGGUUGUGUUGCCCAAUAUCAAAAAAUUGAAUAUUUAGAUAUUGAAAAAGAUGAAUAUAUUAAAGAGAAAAUGGAAAAGAAGAAAUUAUAUAAAUAUUACUUACAGAAGCAAAAGGAAGAACGGGAAAUUUCGAAAUCGAAUAAUAAUAAUAAUAAUGAAUAG